AUGGAUAGAGUGUGUGUUAUUGCGGCGUUGCUAAUAGCAACGGCGGCAUCUUUGCCGGCGCCGUCAUCGGGACAAGCCACAGCAGUGGCGACGAGGGUCGGAUUCUACUCGACGUCAUGCCCCCGUGCCGAGUCCAUAGUUCAAUCAACAGUCCGUUCCCAUUUUGGCGCCGACCCUACGGUGGCGCCGGGCUUGCUCAGAAUGCACUUCCACGACUGCUUCGUCCAGGGCUGCGACGCCUCCAUUCUUAUCGACGGCGCUGCCACCGAGAAGACCGCCGGCCCCAAUCUGCUCCUCAGAGGGUACGAAGUCGUCGACGACGCCAAGCAGCAGCUCGAGACCGCCUGCCCCAGUGUUGUCUCCUGUGCCGACAUCCUAGCAUUGGCUGCUCGCGACUCUGUGGUUCUGGCCGGCGGGGCGAGCUGGGCGGUGCCGACGGGCCGGCGCGACGGGCGGGUUUCGGUGGCAAGCGAAGCUGCGAACUUGCCAGGGUUCACGGAGUCGAUAGCCUCGCAAACGCAGAAGUUUCUAGACAAGGGCCUCAACGUUCAGGACCUUGUCACCCUUGUUGGUGCACACACUAUUGGGACGACGGCGUGUCAGUUCUUCAGCUACCGGCUAUACAAUUUCAACUCGACGGGCAGCCCGGACCCGUCUAUCGACGCCACCUUCCUUCCGACGCUCCUGUCUCUCUGCCCGCAGGGCGGCGACUCGUCGCGGCGGGUGGCGCUCGACAGCGGCAGCGAGGCCCGGUUCGACACGUCCUUCUUGGGCAACCUGAGGGACGGCCGCGGGGUCCUGGAGUCCGAUCAGAAGCUGUGGACCGACCCUUCGACGAGAGCCGUGGUGCAGCGGUACCUGGGCGUGAGGGGCCUCGCCGGGCUGACGUUCGGCGUCGAGUUCGGGAGGUCGAUGGUGAAGAUGAGCAACAUAGAGCUCAAGACUGGGACUAAUGGCGAAAUCCGCAGGAUUUGCUCGGCCAUUAAUUGA